CAGCGGCGCUCUGCCUGUGGUGCACUGCAUACCAGAGACACCGGAGGAUACAUGCCUGCAUUUCAAUCGUGUGGCGAAGCAGCGACGAACAGAAGCAGCAGCACCAGCAGCAGCAGCACCACCGGCACCGGCUCUGUCUCUCCAGCGGGACUCCGAGCCGAACACAGUGGACUAAAAACCGGGGACUUGGACCAUUGAACCGGGACUAGCACCAGGAGGACUUUUCCCCCCCGCGUGACACCAGGUGUCCCCAUCGCCCUUUAGGUAGCCCCACCCCCUCACAGAUCCGACAUGUCUCAGCGCAGCGGGCAGGAGGACCCCGAGCGGUACCUGUUCGUGGACCGGGCCGUGGUCUACAACCCCGCCACGCAGGCCGACUGGACCGCCAAGAAGCUGGUGUGGGUGCCCUCGGAGCGCCACGGGUUCGAGGCCGCCAGCAUCAAGGAGGAGCGGGGCGAGGAGGUCAUGGUGGAGCUGUCGGAGAACGGCAAGAAGGUCCUCAUCAGCAAGGACGACAUCCAGAAGAUGAACCCGCCCAAGUUCAGCAAAGUGGAGGACAUGGCCGAGCUCACCUGUCUGAACGAGGCCUCGGUGCUGUACAACCUGAAGGACCGCUACUACUCCGGACUCAUCUAUACGUACUCGGGCCUGUUCUGUGUGGUCAUCAACCCGUACAAGAACCUGCCCAUCUACUCCGAGAACAUCAUCGAGAUGUACAGAGGCAAGAAACGCCACGAGAUUCCUCCGCACAUCUACGCCAUCUCUGAGUCCGCCUACCGCUGCAUGCUGCAAGACCGCGAGGACCAGUCCAUCCUCUGCACGGGAGAAUCUGGAGCUGGUAAAACGGAAAACACCAAGAAAGUGAUCCAGUAUCUCGCCUACGUGGCCUCCUCGCACAAAGGACGCAAGGACCACAACAUCCCUCCCGACUCUCCCAAAGCGUUCAAACUGCAGGCAAUCUUGACACUGACUUGGCUCUGCUCUGGUCUCUUUGCUCAGGGGGAGUUGGAGCGGCAGCUGCUGCAGGCGAACCCCAUCCUGGAGUCCUUCGGAAACGCCAAGACGGUGAAGAAUGACAACUCCUCUCGCUUUGGGAAGUUCAUCAGGAUUAACUUCGACGUGGCUGGAUACAUCGUUGGGGCCAAUAUCGAAACCUACCUUUUGGAGAAGUCCAGAGCCAUCAGGCAGGCCAAAGACGAGAGGACCUUCCACAUCUUCUACAGACUGCUGGCCGGAGCUGGAGAACAUCUACGAACUGAUCUGCUGCUGGAGGGCUUUAACAACUACCGCUUCCUGUCCAACGGGAACCUGCCCAUCCCGGGUCAGCAGGACAAGGAGAACUUCCAGGAGACCAUGGAGGCCAUGCACAUCAUGGGCUUCACCCACGAGGAGAUCGUGUGCAUGCUGAAGGUGGUGUCUGCCGUGCUGCAGUUUGGGAACAUCGUGUUUAAGAAAGAGAGGAACACAGACCAGGCCUCCAUGCCCGAAAACACAGUGGCCCAGAAGCUUUGCCAUUUGCUGGGGAUGAACGUGAUGGAGUUCACCAGAGCCAUCCUCACGCCCAGGAUCAAAGUGGGCCGGGACUAUGUUCAGAAAGCACAGACCAAAGAGCAGGCUGACUUCGCGGUGGAGGCCCUGGCUAAGGCCACAUACGAGCGCUUGUUCCGCUGGCUGGUCCAUCGCAUUAACAAAGCUCUGGAUCGCACCAAACGCCAGGGCGCCUCCUUCAUCGGCAUCCUGGACAUCUGUUUUUUUCUCUGUCUCCAGCUGAACUCCUUCGAGCAGCUGUGCAUCAACUACACCAACGAGAAACUCCAGCAGCUCUUCAACCACACCAUGUUUGUGCUGGAGCAGGAGGAGUAUCAGAGGGAGGGCAUCGACUGGAGCUUCAUCGACUUCGGCCUGGACCUGCAGCCGUGUAUCGAACUCAUCGAGAGACCUAAUAACCCCCCCGGGAUCCUGGCUCUGCUGGAUGAGGAGUGCUGGUUCCCCAAGGCCACAGACAAGACGUUUGUGGACAAAGUUCUCCAGGAGCAGGGCACGCACUCCAAGUUCCAGAAGCCCCGGCAGCUCAAGGAUAAAGCUGACUUCUGCAUCAUCCACUACGCUGGAAAGGUGGAUUACAAAGCGGACGAGUGGCUCAUGAAGAACAUGGACCCGCUGAACGACAACGUGGCCACGCUCCUGCACCAGUCCACGGACAAGUUUGUGGCCGAGCUCUGGAAAGACGUGGACCGGAUCGUGGGCCUGGACCAGGUGGCGGGCAUGAACGAGACGGCGUUCGGCGCGGCCUACAAGACAAAGAAGGGCAUGUUCCGGACGGUGGGACAGCUGUACAAGGAGCAGCUGUCCAAGCUCAUGGCCACGCUGAGGAACACCAACCCCAACUUUGUACGCUGCAUCAUCCCCAACCACGAGAAGAGGGCUGGAAAACUGGACCCUCACCUCGUGCUGGACCAGCUCAGGUGUAAUGGAGUGUUGGAGGGGAUUCGUAUCUGCAGACAGGGCUUCCCCAACCGCAUCGUCUUCCAGGAGUUCAGACAGAGGUAUGAGAUCCUCACUCCCAACGCCAUUCCCAAAGGAUUCAUGGAUGGAAAACAGGCCUGUGAGAGGAUGAUCCAGGCCCUGGAGCUGGACUGUAACCUGUACCGCAUCGGUCAGAGUAAGAUCUUCUUCAGAGCUGGAGUCCUGGCUCACCUGGAGGAGGAGAGGGACCUCAAGAUCACUGACAUCAUCAUCUACUUUCAGGCCGUGUGCAGAGGAUACCUGGCACGCAAGUCCUUUGCUAAGAAGCAGCAGCAGCUGAGUGCACUCAAAGUCCUCCAGAGGAACUGUGCGGCGUAUCUCAAACUGCGCCACUGGCAGUGGUGGAGGCUCUUCACCAAGGUGAAGCCUCUGCUGCAGGUGACCCGGCAGGAGGAGGAGAUGCAGGCCAAAGACGAGGAGCUGGUCAAAGUGAAGGAGAAGCAGAGCAAAGUGGAGGGAGAGCUGGUGGAGAUGGAGAGGAAGCACCAGCAGCUGGUGGAGGAGAAGAACAUCCUGGCGGAGCAGCUCCAGGCCGAGACCGAGCUGUUCGCCGAGGCUGAGGAGAUGAGAGCUCGACUGGCCAACAAGAAGCAGGAGCUGGAGGAGAUCCUUCACGACCUGGAGUCCAGACUGGAGGAGGAGGAGGAGCGGAGCCAGGGCCUGCAGAACGAGAAGAAGAAGAUGCAGUCGCACAUACAGGACCUGGAGGAGCAGUUGGACGAGGAGGAGGGGGCCCGGCAGAAGCUGCAGCUGGAGAAAGUGAGCGCCGAGGCCAAGAUGAAGAAGUACGAGGAGGACAUCCUGCUGCUGGAGGACCAGAACUCGAAAUUCAUCAAGGAGAAGAAGCUCCUGGAGGAUCGCAUCAAUGAGGUGACGUCCAUGUUGACCGAAGAGGAGGAGAAGGCCAAGAACCUGGGGAAGACUCGCAACAAGCAGGAGAUGAUGAUCGCAGAGCUCGAAGAGCGUCUGAAGAAGGAGGAGAAGACGCGUCAGGAGCUGGAGAAGGCCAAGAGGAAACUGGACGGAGAAACGUCAGACUUCCAGGACCAGAUCGGGGAGCUGCAGGCCCAGAUCGAGGAGCUCAAAGGACAACUGGGCAAGAAGGAGGAGGAGCAGCAGAUGAUCCAGGCCAGAGGUGAGGAGGAGGUGAGCCACAAGAACAACGCCCUGAAGCAGGUGAGGGAGCUGCAGGCGCAGCUGUCGGAGCUGCAGGAGGACCUGGAGACGGAGAAACAGGCUCGAGGCAAAGCCGAGAAACUGAAGAGAGACCUGAGCGAGGAACUGGAGGCCCUCAAGACGGAGCUGGAGGACACACUGGACACGACGGCCGCGCAGCAGGAGCUCAGGACUAAGCGUGAGCAGGAGGUGGCUGAGCUGAAGAAGGCCAUUGAAGAGGAGACCAAAAACCACGAGGCCCAGAUCCAGGACAUGAGACAGAGACACGCUGCUGCUCUGGAGGAACUGUCCGAACAACUGGAGCAGGCCAAGAGGUUUAAGGCCAACCUGGAGAAGACCAAGCAGAGCCAGGAGACGGCCAACAAGGAGCUGUGUGCCGAGGUGAAGAGUCUGCAGCAGGCCAAAGGGGAGUCCGAGCACAAGAGGAAGAAGCUGGAGGGGCAGCUGCAGGAGAUCAUGGCCCGGGCUGCAGAGGGCGAGAAGGCCAAGGGAGAGCUGGUCGAGAAGAGCCACAAACUACAGACGGAGCUGGACAACGUGUCUGCGCUGCUGGAGGACGCAGAGAGGAAGUGCAUCAAGACGGCGAAGGACGUGGCUGGACUGGAGAGUCAACUACAGGACACACAGGAGCUGCUGCAGGAGGAGACCCGUCAGAAGCUGAACCUGAGCAGUCGAGUGCGACAGCUGGAGGAGGAGAAGAACGCUCUGCAGGAACAACAAGAGGAGGAGGAGGAGGCUCGCAAGAACCUGGAGAAGCAAGUGCUCUCGCUGCAGGCCCAGUUGUGUGAGAGUAAGAAGAAGCUGGAGGACGACGUGGGCACCAUCGAGGCUCUGGAGGAGUGUAAGAAGAAGCUGCAGAAGGAGCUGGAGCUGUCGGCCCUGCGGCUGGAGGAGAAGACCAUUGCCUUUGAGAAGAUGGAGAAGACCAAGACCCGCCUCCAACAGGAGCUGGACGACCUGACUGUGGACCUGGACCAUCAGAGGCAGAUCGUGUCCAACCUGGAGAAGAAGCAGAAGAAAUUUGACCAGAUGUUGGCUGAGGAGAAGAACAUCUCGGCUCGUUACGCAGAGGAGAGGGACCGAGCAGAGGCCGAGGCCAGAGAGAAGGAGACCAAGGCCCUGUCUCUGACCCGAGCUCUGGACGAGGCUCUGGAGGCCAAGGACGAGCUGGAGAGACAGAACAAGCAGCUGAGGGCCGACAUGGAGGACCUGAUGAGCUCCAAGGACGACGUGGGCAAGAACGUGCACGAGCUGGAGAAGUCUAAGCGCACCCUGGAGCAGCAGCUGGAGGAGAUGAAGACCCAGCUGGAGGAGUUAGAAGAUGAGCUCCAGGCCACGGAGGACGCGAAGCUCAGGCUGGAGGUGAACAUGCAGGCUCUGAAGGCCCAGUACGAGAGGGACCUGCAGGGGAGAGACGAGCAGAGCGACGACAAGAAGAGGGCGCUGCUCAAACAGGUGCGGGAGAUGGAGGCGGAGCUGGAGGAUGAGAGGAAGCAGAGGGCUCUGGCUGUAGCCGCUAAGAAGAAACUGGAGCUGGACCUGAAGGACGUGGAGGGACACAUCCAAGGAGCCACCAAGGCCCGCGACGAGGCCAUCAAACAACUGCGCAAACUACAGGCUCAGCUGAAGGACUACCAGAGGGAGCUGGAGGACACCAGAGCCUCUCGAGAUGAUAUCUUCUCCAUGGCCAAGGAGAACGAGAAGAAGCUCAAGAGCCUGGAGGCCGAGAUCGUGCAGCUGAACGAGGACCUGGCAGCGUCUGAGCGAGGCAGACGUCACGCCGAGCAGGAGAGAGACGAGCUGCAGGACGACAUCUCCAACAGCACCUCCGGAAAGUCGGCUCUGCUGGAGGAGAAGCGGCGUCUGGAGGCUCGGAUCGCUCAGCUGGAGGAGGAGCUGGACGAGGAGCAGGGCAACAUGGAGCUGCUCAAUGACCGCUUCAGGAAGACAGCCCUGCAGGUGGACUCCCUGACCACGGAGCUGAGUGCAGAGCGCAGCACUGCCCAGAAGAGCGAGAACGCCCGGCAGCAGCUCGAGAGGCAGAACAAGGAGCUGAGGGCCAAACUGGGCGAGCUGGAGGGGGCCGUCAAGAGCCGCUUCAAGGCGUCCAUCACGGCUCUGGAGGUGAAGAUCUCACAGCUGGAGGAGCAGCUGGAGCAGGAGGCCAAGGAGAGGGCCGCGGCGAACAAACUGGUGAGGAGGUCCGAUAAGAGGCUGAAGGAGGUGUGCAUGCAGGUGGAGGACGAGCGUCGCCAUGGAGACCAGUACAAGGAGCAGCUGGAGAAAGCGAACUCUCGGAUGAAGCAGCUGAAGAGGCAGCUGGAGGAGGCCGAGGAGGAGGCCACCCGAGCCAACGCCUCCAGGAGGAAACUGCAGAGAGAACUGGACGACGCCACAGAGGCCAGCGAGGGGCUGAGCAGAGAGGUGCACACGCUCAAGAACAGGCUCAGGCGUGGAGGUCCCAUCUCCUUCUCCAGCAGUCGCUCUGGGCGUCGGCAGCUGCAGGUGGAGGGCACGUCUCUGGAGCUGCUCUCAGACGAAGAGCUGGAGAACAAGACCACAGACAGCAACGCCAACGAGACCCAGCCCACCCAGCCCAGCCAGCCCACUCCGGAGUAACUCAGCCAACCCAGGAGGGACCCAGCCCACCCGAGAGUGACCUUCUACCCCAGCAAAACCCAUCCCACUCUGGAGUUAUCUUAUUCCACCCAGGAGUGACCCAUCCCAUCUCGGAGUAACUCGUACUAUCCCAAUGAAAUCCCGCCCCAGAAUAACUCAACUACAAAUUACUGGAGUAGUCUUAUACUACCCCGGAGUGACCCAUCCCACCACUGGAGUGACUUAUCCCACUCAGGAGUGACCCAUCCCACCGAGGAGGGACCCAUUCAACUCCGGAAUGACCGAUCUCGCCACCGGAGUGACCCAUCCUACUCCGGAGUGACCUAUCCCACUCCAGGGUGAACUGUCCCACCCUGGAGUGACCAUCCCACUACCGGAGUGACCCAUCCUGACCCAGAAUGACCCAUCACACCUCCAGAAUGACCCAUCCCACCACCGGAGUGACCCAUCCCACCGAGGAGUGACCUAUCCCAUCAACGGAUUGACCCAUCCUGACCCAGAAUAACCCAUCUCACCCCCAGGAGUGACUUAUUUCGCCCCUGGAGUGACCUAUUCCACCCAGGAGUGACCCAUCCCACCCCAGGAGUGACCCAUCCCACCCCCGGAGUGACCCAUUUUGACCCAGAAUAACCCAUCCCACCACCAGAGUGAUUCAUCCCACUCCGGAGUGACUCAUCUGCCCCCCCAAAUGAACCCAAUUGGAGUAAAAAUACAGCCCACUCCAGAGAAACCAAGCCACCAGGAGUGACCCAUCUCACCCUGGAGUAUCUAGUCCAACCGGAUAUAAAUCCCAGCCCUCCUUAGUGUAACCCAGCCCAUUCCGGAGAGAACCAGUCCAACUUGGGAGUAAAAUCCAGCCCAGCCCACCCCACAGUGACCCAGCCCCUUACAGCCUUACACGUCCCCACACUCUCCUGUCUGUCUGCAGCGUGGCCCAGCACCAGCAGCGACGGAGAACACACGCACUUACUGUUGCCUUAAGGUUCAAAAUUCCGCAUUUAUUUCCGCUCUUUUCCUUCUCAGAGCAUUUCAUUUACGGCCUAAGCACGGACACAGAACUGCAAAAGAAAUGCACAAGUCGAGCGUGGAGUGGACCAGUGUUUUACCAGUGUUAUCGCCGUUUAGCCCGAGUGGUACGGUACGGGGCUGCAUGGUAUGAUUUGGUAUCCUAAUUAAAGCUUAGGGUUACCAGAAUUUCAAAAUAAAAAACUGGCACAUCCUCGUUUUUUUGAUGAUUGGUAAUAAUAAAAUUGUGAAAUCAAUGCGUAAUUAAGAAAAUAGUCACAUUUUCUUUGUGUUUUGGCCGUUUUUAAGCAGAUUUUUUUGUAUUUUACCAAAACAAAUGUCAAUUUAUGCCUCUUUUUAUUGUUGGCAGGUAUCAGAUUAGUCAAAAAUUGGUACACCUGGGCUCAUUUCUUGUAUAAAACUGGGAAAAAUCAAGGUUUAUAGAUAAAUCUGCUGGGACAGGGGGACACAGGGCACAAAACUGGGACUGUCCCAGGUAAAAACGAACAUCUGGUCAAACUAUUAAAGCUAUACUAUUAAUUAAUAAUUAAAGAAGACAUUUUUAAGUGUAAAUAGCACAUUUUGGCAAAUUUACAACUUUUAUUUUCCCCUCAAAAGUAUUUUUAAAAGCGCUGUACAUAAUGUUUACCAUCUUAAAAACAAAAGCUUAGGGUUACCAGAAUUUCAAAAUAAAAAACUGGGCCCAUCCUCGUUUUUUUUUUUUUUUUGAUGAUUGGUAAUAAUAAAAUUGUGAAACGAAUGCGUAAUUAAGAAAAAUAGUCACAUUUUCUUUGUGUUUUGGUCGUUCUAAGCAGAUUUUUUUUGUAUUUUACCUGACAAUUUAUGCUUCUUUUUACUGUUGACGGGUAUCAGAUUGGUCAAAAAUAGAGACAUCUGGGACGUUUAUUGUAAAAAUCUGGGAAAAAUCUAUGUUUUUGGAUAAAUCUGCUGGGACAGGGGACACAGGACUUAAAACUGAGACUGUCCCGGGUAAAUUGGGACAUCUGGUCAUCAUAUUAAAACUAUUUUUAUAUUGUUCUGUUCCCUCAAUGAAUCAAAAGUUAUGUUAAGUUCUGUUAUUACAUGAGCCUACCUGUGUAUAAAAACGCCUAUAAUAAAAAUAGAUAUAGACAGAAAUUAUUUAAAGUGAUGGUGAAGUGUCUUGCUCAAGGAAUCAAAGACUAGUCAAAGCUGGGAUCAAGAACGUAAACACCAAAUUGCUAAUAAUUAAAGGUAUAAAUUAAAGUGUAUAUAGCACAUUUUGGCAAAUUUACAACUUUUAUUUCCCUCUCAAAAUAAUUUUUUAAAGCGCUGUACAUAAUUUUUACCAUCUUCAAAACAAAAAAACAAAACUAGUUCAGUCCAAAGUGAAUUCUAAAGCAUUCCAAACAUCGUAAUUAUUAUUAUCCAUGAGUUUAUAAGCGCUUUUUUACAGCUAUCAGAGGCUAAAGCGGAGGCUAAUGCUAAAGAGGCUAAUGCUAAAAACAAAUAGCUAACACCGCGCUAGCACUAACUUCUAAUAAAAACACUUCAUUUCGCUACAGACACGACACAACAGUCUCAUUUUGAUGUUAAGAGCUGUUUUUUACAAAAUAUGUGUACUAGUCAAGACAAAUUUAACUUAAAUCUAUGAAAGAAAUCGGCUACAGUUUAGCAAUACCGCUAGCGUAGCCGACCCGUACCAUACCACUCUACAGCUAACAUGUUUUUCUUUUUCUUUUUUUAAGUGUUCAACUAUAAUAAACCCAGUGUUAUCAUUUCUUAAAAAUGUAACUGCAUCGUUUUUAAUCAUGUGUAUCAUUUGUUUAUUUGUUUUUCAAAAUAAAAUCAAAAAUAAGAAAACAAAAAAACUGCUAUUUUCUUCAUUAUUUGUCUCCAAAACCAAAAUGAAAAAAUGGAAAAUGAUUUUAUUUUUUUUAAUUUUUUUUUAUUUUGUGUUUGAACCAGGACUGAACCAGUACUGAUCUACGACUGAUUGCAGGACUAAAAUAGGACUAAAACAGGACUAACCCAGGACUGAUUCAGGAGGAGUAAAACAGGACUGAACAAGCACUAAACCAGGUCUAAACCAGGACUGAACCAGGACUAAGUGUUGGGACAGGUCCGGAGGUGCGCCCACGUAAACUGUCGGGUGACCGAGACUGAGACCAGGACUGAGACUGGUUUAGUGCUGGUUCAGAACUAGUUUAGACCUGAUUUAGUCCUAGUUUAGAACAGGUUUAGUCCUGGUUUAGACCUGGUUUAGAUCUGGUUUGGUCCUGGCACGGUCCUGGUUUGGUCCUGGUCUGGUCCUGGUUCGGUCCUGGUUUAGACUUGGUUUAGACCCGGUUCAGUCCCGAUUCAGUCCUGGGGUCAGUUCUGGUUCAGUACAGGAUCAGUCCUGGUUUAGUCAUGGUUUAAACCUGGUUUAUUCCGAGUUCAGUCUUGGUUCGGUCCUGGUUUAGACCUGGUUUAGUCCUGGUUCAGUCCCGGUUUAGACCUGGUUUAAUCCUGGUUCAGUCCGUUAUCCAUUUUUUCCAUUAUUCAUUUAAACCCAAAAUUGAAAACUGCAAAAAUACGAAUCAUUAUCUGUUUUUUCAUUUUGGUUUUGGAGACAAAUAAUAAAGAAAAUCUUAGUUUUUUUCAUUUUCUUAUUUUUGGUUUUAUUUUGAAAAACAAAUUAACAAAUGACACACAGAUUAUAUUUCGCUCUGUCUGCUCGGUUUUUCUUGCGUAUGAAUAUAGAAUUACGGUUUCAUUAUUUAGCAUCAGUUUCUAUGACGACUGUAGGUCAUGUUCGACUUGUAAACCGCGUCGCCGUGUUUUGUCGCUUCGAUGAUGUACUCUUUUUUUUUUUUUCAUAUCAAGCACAGUAUUUUCAUAAAACUUUUUGCCUAGUAUUAAGACGUAUAUUUGUGUAAGCUUGUAUAAUUCCUGUCUCAGAUUGGGGGUUGUUUGUUACGGGAGGGUGCUUUGAAUUUUCUUAUGAACAACUUUUAUAUUUUUGGAGUUUACCGAGAGCGAAAAGAUCCAGCAGACGACAAAUGUAUUUAUAUAUCGGCUAAUGCACGUGCUCAGUGAGGCGCGUGUACGUUUGUGAGUCGUACGCAUUAAAAGUCUUUGGAGUUCA